AUGAGUGUCUUUCGGUCUCAUUAUCCGGAUGUAAAAAUUCCCGAUCUUGGGAUUUAUCAUUUUAUCACCAGUAACCCUAACAUUCCAGAUUCAAAACCAAUUUUUGUCGAUGCGGUGACUCAUAGAAAAAUAACCUUUGGUGAAUUUAAGAAAGAUUCGAAAAGAUUUGCAGCGGGUUUGCAAGAUUAUCUUGGGUUUAAACGUGGCGAUGUGUUGUGUGUUUACUCUCCUAACCAGAUCGACUAUGCAACGGUUAUAUAUGGUACCUUAGCGGCAGGUGGAAAGAUUUCCCCGGCCAAUCCAUCAUACACCGCGAAAGAACUAACCUUUCAAUUGAUCGACUCCGGCUCAUCGGUGAUAAUCGUUCACCCCGAUUGUGUAUCCGUCGCCAUCGAAGCAGCUGUUAACUCAAAGAUACCGGAAUCCAGAAUUUUUGUAUUCGGUAAAAAUGAAAUUAACGGUAUCUCUUCCUAUAAUACAUUAUUUGUAUCGCGUGAGGCAGUGCCCGUCGAAUACACCGCCGAAGAAAUUCGUACCACCACUGCAUAUUUAUGUUAUAGCUCAGGAACCACAGGAAAGAGCAAAGGAGUCGAAAGCACUCAUUACAAUAUGGUGGCCAAUGUCUCUCAGAUUAUUGGAUUUGAAGGAGAUAAUCUGUGUUCGGAUCUUUGUUAUGCUGCGGUCUUGGGCGCAACCUCUGUAGUAAUCCCCAAAUUUGACAUGUCAAUCCUCUGUCGAGCAAUCCAAGAUUACAAGGUUAAUAUCGUUCCUCUCGUGCCUCCCAUCAUUUUGUUGUUGGUGAAAAGCCCGAUAGCAAAAGAAUACGAUUUGUCAAGUUUAAAACAUGUCAUCUGUGGUGCGGCGCCGCUGAGUAAGUCGCUGAGUGACGAUUUUGACAGGAUUUAUAAGAUUCCCAUCCAACAAGUUUAUGGUUUCACCGGUUUCUCAUCUUGGACCUUUGAAGAAGCUCGUGAACGGCAUGGAUCUGUAGGAGUUCUUCUUCCGAACAUUGAAGCCAAAAUAUUGUCGAAGGACGGAAAAGGUCCUUUUUUAGAGCUUGGAUAUCACGAACCCGGAGAGUUGUAUGUUCGCGGACCCAUGGUUAUGAAGGGAUACCUAAACGAUAAACAAGCAACAGAUAGAGCCAUUGAUAAGGAUGGAUGGUUCGGGACUGGAGACGUUGCCAUCAUUGAUCCUGAUGGGUACUAUUUUAUUAUAGAUCGUGUAAAAGAAUUGAUAAAGUACAAGGGAUUUCAAGUGGCUCCCGCAGAAAUCGAAGCGCUCCUGUUGACACAUCCCUCCGUGGCAGAUGCCGCGGUGAUAGGCGUUUACUCCGAAAAAGAUGCUACCGAACUUCCAUUAGCAUACGUCACUCCACAGCGGAACAACAAGCCAACUGAAGAUCUGAAACAAGACAUUGUACAAUUUGUUGCCUCGAGAGUGGCACCACAUAAGAGAAUUCGAGGCGGCGUGGUGUUUAUUGAUCAAGUUCCGAAAAAUACUUCGGGAAAGAUAUUGAGGAGGAUUCUAAGGGAUCAGGCAAACAAUGAUAUA